AUGGUAAGGUGGAGCAUAUUGCCGGUAGAUUGUAUCCCGAAUAGCUAUAACAUCAAUAUCUAUGAGGAAGGAGACUGCAUUCCACCCCACAUAGAUCACCAUGACUUUGUCAGGCCUUUCUGUAUAGUAUCUUUAAUGAGAAAGAGCAACAUCUUAUUUGGAAGAGAAAUUGGCAUUGUGGGACCUGGAGAGUUCAGAGGAUUGGUCGAGAUUCUGCAUCCUAAAGACUUGGCGAAGCAUUGCCUCCUAGGAGUGCCGCAUCGCAUAAUUUCUAUCACUUUUAGAAUAAUGGAUGACAGCAAGGUGUCACAUGGAUUCCAGCUAGAUUCAGAGUUGGAAGAGCUACGCCCAUACUAG